AUGGUAGACUGUGACAACACCGACAACGCUGAGUUUGAUGCAGAUAUAGCUGGACUAGGCGUCCUUAUAGCUUUUCUCGCAACAUCCUUGGUAGCAAUCUCCACACUAGUUGCCGCCUUUGUAACACUGUCGGUACCCCCGAGGCUUCUCAAUACAGGCGAUGCUGUCAUGGCCUGUGGGAUCAGGCGUCUCCGUCGCCGAUCACAUGAACAUGACCCCAAAGUCAAAGAUGUCAAUACUCAAAAGGAGCGGAUCGACGCUUACAAAGCCUUUCUGCAUUCAACGAGUGAUCAGAUACUCGUAUCGCAAGUCGCCAUUCUAGUGGCGGCGACUAUCAUACAGGGCGAAAUAACCAUUUACUCUGCCAAUAUCGUCAUAGCCCUAGGAUGUCUUGCAUCGACCGUUCAUGUAGGCUGUUUCCCCUUCUACGUCGACCGUUUAAGAGACCAUGAUAUUGCAAAGUUCCUCAGAGUAAUCACGAUGACGGCGGGGUCAGGGAUUCUUGUCUUCUGGCUUAUAGUUCAGCUAUCCUACACCUGGGACAUGGAAUCUCAUGUUUACUUCACAUGUGUCUUGAAGGACUACAAGCUUGAUGGAGAUUACCUUUUUGAUAGCAUCUUGGCGAUACCAGUUCCCUUUACCAUUCUUUUCGGCACUUAUGAUAUUUGGCAACUUCUAUAUAAGCAGUCACUGCGAGACGACGAGGCGGCUGGUGAAGAGACUCAAGGUCUGCGACGACGAUCGCGGGCAGCGGAGGGUUCCAACACUCCACAGCAAAGGACUGGUCAAGACAUUGAGAUGCAGACGCUUCCGACUGCACUUCCACAACGAUUGUACGAGCACUGCAGCGGAAGCUCAACAAUAACCCUAAGCAAGAUUGAGCAAGAGGCGCUAGCUAUCAGCAAAGCCUUAGGUGGUGGUGGAAACGGAAGCAACAACAGUGACAAUAGCUAUGAUCACUUGUCAUCGAGAUUGUUCCAUCGUACUUCCGCAAGAAGGACCAUCAAAGCCAUACGGGAUCAAACACUGGAAGAUAAACGGCCAGCACUCUUAAACAAAUGGCUUCAACUCGAGGCUUUGAAGCUUCUAAUCGCCAGGCCAAAGUCCCCUAAAUCGCUCAGAACUCGUUUAUACCUAAUAGCUGAGCAAUGGGCUUAUCAUCAGUGCCGCGGCUCGUUUGUCUGGAGGAUUUUCUGGUUAUGGUCCGGUAACGUGUAUGGUAUUAUAGUAGUCUUCGCCUCGCGCUAUGCUACGACAGAGCUAGAGGGUGAUCGUGAUCAUUGGGGGUUUGGUCAAGUCGUACCGUUGGCCUUGCUUGCCUUGCCAAUAUUCACUGCUAUGGAGGGACACGCAGAUUACAAGAGACAAGUCCGGGCAAAAAGGCAGGACCAUGAGGAAACUGCCGCAGGAACCAGCUUUCUCGCUACAGCUCCGAUAAACAACUCGAUCGCCACCCCACAACAGACACAGGAUGCGAUAUCUCAAGGCAAAGAUGAGGCAGUUCGUUUCGUCAAAGAAGUACUCCGCAAUCGAGCAAGAUAUCUAGGCUACCCAUGCCUCUACGAUUGGGUACUAGGAGUUGCGCACGAAGAACAACCAAUCCUUCAGGCCGCCACUGGUUGCCAGGACGUUUUCAUGUUUCUCAUCACAACACUCCUAGGUCUGUUCAUGGCUCUAAGUUUAUCCAUUGGUAUUUUGGUACUCAUCGCGAUAUUGGCGGUCAUGAUAGGUCGCAGAAUUGCAGAUCUUGUUUUCAUAUCGUAUGCUGUCACAGACCUACCCCGAAUCCUUGACAGGCUGAGUGCCUAUAGUACGAACGACUUAGUGCAGGUGAGGGAUCAUGCUCAGCAUAUGAUGGUGGCUCAGACGGCUGGCGAAAUGGAGCAAGAUGCGGCGGAUAAUCAGUAG